AUGAUCAGCAGGUAUCCUAAUCUCAAUAAUGUUUGUAGUUUCAACAACAUAAACAGUGAUCAGUAUCGAUCGACUAUCUAUCACGGAUAUACCAGACAUGCUUUACCUAAAGAUCGUCAAACUUUGUUAUACAGUGCAACAUUCCCCAAAGAAAUUCAAUUAUUGGCAAGAGACUUUUUACGACCUGGUCAUUUGUUUUUGCGAGUUGGUCGUGUUGGUGGAACCACUACUAAUAUGACUCAAAAGGUGAUAUUAGAUACUAUUGAACGGCUACUUAUAGAAUCAUCAGGAAGCAAACAAAACGACAGCAACAAUCAAAUAGCAUCAUUUCUGUCUUCGAUGGUGGCUCCGUUGAUAUUAGCUGUGGCAAGCCACUUGAAAUGUGAAGGACCAGAUCAGAUUAUUGAACGGAUGUAUUCAACCGGGACGACUACCAGAAAGUGUGAUUCACCGUGGCAAUCCUUCACUGAAUGCUUGGACGUAUUCCCUGGAAACUCUCUUUAUGAAGUCAUCGUCCAGGAUUUCUACUAUUUGAACGUAUACCAAGUGAUUAUUAACUUGUCUACUGUUGGAGAAAAACCUUUUUCGCCUCUUUAA